AUGACAGGUUUGAUGAAGAAAUAUGGCAUCAUUCACAAGGUGGCUAUGGCCUACCACCCCCAAACAAAUGGCCAAGCCGAGGUCUCUAACCGGGAAAUUAAGUGCAUACUAGAGAAGAUUGUAAAGCCUCAUAGGAGGGAUUGGAGUUCUAAGUUCAGAGAUGCGCUAUGGGCUUAUCGGAUGGCUUAUAAGACACCAAUUAGUAUUAGUUCGUUCCAGUUAGUCUAUGGAAAGGCUUGCCAUCUCCCGGUAGAGGUAGAACACAAGGGUUAUUGGGCCAUCAAGGAAUGCAACUCAGGAUUGUGGGGAGCCGGAACCGAAAGGAAGUUACGGUUGGUAGAGUUGGAGUGCCUUCGGUUGGAAGCUUAUGAGAAUUCAAGGCUCUAUAAAGAGAGGGUGAAGGCGGUGCAUGAUAAGAACAUCAAGAGAAGAGAGUUUAGAGCUGAGGAUCUAGUCCUUCUAUACAACUCAAGAUUGAGGUUAAUGCCAGGCAAGUUAAGGUCAAGGUGGGAAAGACCUUAUAGGGUGAAAAAGGCUGAGCCAUAUGGGGUCUUUCACUUGAGUCACCCUUCAAGCCCUACAAUCUUCAAAGUUAAUGGUCACCGUCUAAAGCUUUAUCAUAGAGAGAAGAUGAAAAACAACAAGGAGGUUGAGGUAUUCCUUCUUGAGGAUGCACCCGAAAGCAAAGAGAUCUAA